AUGGCGGUGCUGCAACCUCGCGGCCGUCGCGACUCUCGUGCAUCAGCGCUGUCACGCAAUCUAUUGUUUGACCGCGACAUCCAGGGUAACGCCCCGUCAGAAACGUUGGUGGAACAAGCAAACCUAGGCAGCCCGCCCGGUCCAAUGGGAGCGGAAUCAUCCAGUUACAAUGGAUCGACAACAAGAACACCAACUCGUUCAUUCUACCACCGGUCCUUCAAUAGCAAUAUGGACCCGGCGCAUUAUGCUUCAGACGGUCUCCGUGACCAGACCGCAGAGCUCGCUACCUAUGGCCUUUCGCUGAAUAAGAAAUCCAUCUUGAGGGACGGGCCCGGCUUACCUCCCAGCCUUGAUAUAUUCCACGGCAGGCAAAAUUCUGCAAGUCACUCCCAGGAUGAAGCUACAAGCUCUCACCAUGCCGCGGGGGAGGCAUUGUUGGAGCCGGGAUAUCCCUCUAUCGAUCCUACUUCGCCUUCGGGCUCUUCAGCCUUGACAGAGAUGAUUCGCCGUCCAUUGAAGGAUACGGAGGAGGACCAGGUCACGCAACCCGGGACCAAUGAUAUCUCCUCUCCCCCACUACCGAAGACCUACGAGGAACCCGAAAGAGACAAUGAGCACACCUCGUUAUUAUCCAAAUCACGAUCCAAAUCCACACAACAUUAUGGAAGUGCAGGCGACGCCGAGAACCAAAGACCGGCUGUCAAACGGUCUCCAACCCUAAUAACGAAAGGAAUUUCAUCUGCCACUCACUAUACCCGGAUCUUGUCGAACCCAAAAUCGUGGGAUAGGCGAGCUAUAUGGAAAGAGGCUGUGGUAUACCCCGCCAGUCUGGUUCCUGCCGUAUUGCUGGGACUACUUCUAAACAUUCUUGAUGCCUUAUCCUAUGGAAUGAUCUUGUUUCCUCUGGGAGAACCCCUGUUCUCUCACCUAGGAACUGACGGUAUCUCGAUGUUCUAUGUCAGUACCAUUAUUUCCCAAGUGGUAUUCUCAUGUGGAGGCUCGAUCUUCAAAGGAGGAAUAGGAAGUGAGAUGAUUGAAGUAGUACCCUUCUUCCACCAGAUGGCUUUCACCAUCAUGAAUUCGAUCGGCAAGGACAACCCAAAAUCAGUGAUUGCAACGACCAUCCUAGCCUUCUCGGCCAGUUCAAUUCUCACCGGCUUGGUGUUCUUCUUAAUGGGUGUCUGUGGGUUGGGCUCACUCAUUGGCUUCUUUCCCCGUCAUAUUCUCAUCGGGUGUAUCGGUGGCGUGGGCUACUUUCUUCUACAAACUGGAAUCGAGGUUUCAGCUCGGCUUCCCGGGUCUUUCGAGUACAAUCUCCCUACGAUCCAGAAACUUUUCCAGCUUGAUACUUUCCCUCUUUGGAUGAUACCCUUGUUCCUUGCAAUUGGCCUUCUUGUUCUCAAACGAUUUGUUCGCUCAAACUUCCUUGUCGGUGGAUACUUCAUUGCUGUUGCUGUAGUGUUCUACAUUGUCAUUUUAAGCGCCAGGAUCUCUAUGGGUGCUCUGCGCCACAAUGGAUGGGUCUUCGAUGCCCCAUCUUCGAACAAUCCGUGGUAUCAUUUCUAUACUCUUUAUGAUCUCUCGGCGGUCAAUUGGACUGCCUUUGGUGAGACAAUCCCGGCCAUGUUUGCUUUGACCUUCUUUGGUGUGCUUCAUGUGCCCAUUAACGUACCUGCGCUCGGCAUAUCCACCGGUGAAGACAAUCUCAAUGUCGACAGAGAGCUCGUGGCACAUGGCGUGACGAAUGCACUUUCAGGAUUUGCAGGAAGCAUUCAGAACUAUCUUGUCUAUACCAAUAGUCUUCUCUUCAUCGCAAGUGGCGGAUCAUCCCGGUUGGCCGGUCUGAUGUUGGCUGCAGCUACUGCAGGCAUCAUGGUCAUUGGCCCAGUCAUAAUCGGCUAUAUUCCUAUUAUGGUUGUCGGUGCCUUGAUUUUCUUGUUGGGCAUUGAGCUUUUGCAAGAAGCAUUGGUGGACACAUGGGGAAAACUCACCCGCCUUGAAUAUUUAACCGUUGUCAUCAUCGUCGUUACGAUGGGCGCUUGGGACUUCGUGGUUGGAAUCUUCAUUGGCAUCAUUUUGGCCUGUGUGAACUUUGUGGUUCAAACUUCUCGCAAAUCCGCCAUUCGAGCAACAUUCUCGGGUGAAAUAUCUGGUUCGACCGUACGACGUCCUCCUAUCCAACAGCAAUUCCUACGCGAAGCUGGACAGCAGACCCUGAUCAUCAAGCUUGGUGGAUACCUCUUCUUUGGAACCAUCGUGAAUGUCGAGAACACCAUGCGUGGCCUGAUCGAGGAGGAAGCUUUCGACCGGCGUCCCAUUCGAUUCCUCAUUCUCGACUUUUCUCGGGUCUACGGGCUCGACUUCUCAGCCGCAGAAGCAUUCACCCGCAUCAACCGUGUUCUCCGAAAGCGCAACGUACAGACAGCUAUCUCCGGCUUGAAUGUCGAAGGUGACGUAGGCAAGUCCCUACAAAACGUAGGACUCUUCGAGCCAGAGUCCGGCGUGCCCAUCUUCGAAGACCUCAACUCGGCGCUUGAGUUUUGCGAGAACAAUUACCUGAAGGUUUUUUACAGCCACCAGGAAGCACUCACUACACCCACCGACCCAACUGCAGACUCUGAGCUCCCUGAAGUCCCCGCCUCAGUCCCCGUGCCCUCAGGACCUAAACCCACCACCCUAACUGACAACGUUGUCAGCUCACCCCGCCGUCAAUACCUGCAGCGUGUAGCGACCUCAACCAUCCAAGCCCACGAAACAACAAUGAUGGCCUCCCCCGCAUGGUCCGCUAUGCGCCAACCACUCCCCCUCCUCCUCCAAACCUUCCAAGGCCUCUCAACCGAAAAUGAAGACUUUUGGUUCCCCGCCUGCGCCUACUUCUCCCGCGAAUCCUACAUCGCUGGCACAGUCCUGUACCACGAAGGCGACGCCCCGCGCGCUUUCUACCUCCUCGAGUCGGGCAUGCUGCGCGCUGGCUACGACCUCCCGCAGGGCCGCUACUUCGAGCUCAUUGUCGCUGGUCGACCGUGCGGCGAACUGCCAUUCUUCAGUGAUACGCGCCGCACGGCGACAGUCAAGGCUGAACGCGAUUGUGUGGCUUGGUGCUUGACGGGGGUGCAGUGGAAGGCGCUGCAGGAUAAGGAGCCACGCAUUGCUCGUGAGCUGUUGACUGUUAGCUUGAAGUUGACGACUGAGCGCAUGGAUAGUAUCACUUCGUAUGUUUUGACAAUGGCAGCUUGA